AUGAAAACAUGGAACCAACGCAUCACCCAGCGGCAGCAGGACCACACCGAUGGAGAAGUUAACCAGAACCACGGAUGCCGAAAGUAUGAUCAGAGAAUAACAAACGAGAAAGAUAUUCAACGAAUUGAUCGACUGACGAUUGCACAUGGCAAAAAAGAAACAGAACCGCCUAUUGAGAGUAAGACACAAUCAAAGACUAACGCACGUGUGAUGCAGGUGGCGGUGCAACAACAGCAACAGGCUCCCGUGCAAAAUAAUGUUGCGUUGAAUACGACUGUUGCAGGAUCAAUUCCUAGACGAUCAUCGUGCGUAGUGACUGUCGGCUUGAUGGAGGAAAAUCGUAUCAAACAGCGUGACAAGUUCAAGGUGUUGCGUGAGAAGAAAAAUGCAUUGAUGAACCAGGACGGCGGUAAUCCUAAUUGGGAAUUUGCCAACAUGAUUCGCGAGUACCAAAACACACUCGAUUUUCGACCUCUAACGGACGGACAACCGGUAGAGAAUCAUCAGAUUACGGUGUGCGUUCGUAAGCGUCCACUAAGUCAAAAGGAGUUGGCGCGCAAAGAAAUCGACGUCAUCUGCGUGCCGAACCAAAACACAUUAAUUGUGCAUGAACCCAAAACAAAAGUCGAUUUAACGAAAUAUCUCGAUAAUCAGAAGUACCGGUUCGAUUACAUUUUUGAUGAAACAUGCACAAACGAAAUGGUUUACAACUACACGGCCAAGCCUUUGGUUCAGUCCGUUUUUGAUGGUGGAAUGGCCACCUGUUUCGCUUAUGGUCAGACAGGUUCCGGAAAGACACACACCAUGGGUGGAAACUUCUCUGGCAAAAUGCAGGAUAGCAAGAGCGGCAUCUAUGCUCUAGCAGCGAAGGACGUUUUUGAGUAUUUGCGCAGCCCACAGUAUAGUAACAAAAAUUUAUCAGUUUCGGCUAGCUUUUUUGAGAUUUACAGUGGGAAGGUUUUUGAUUUACUGUCGAACAAACGCAAAAUUCGUGUUCUGGAAGAUGGUAAACGGCAAGUUCAACUAAUCGGUUUAAUGGAGAAGGAAGUACAUUCGGUGGACGAUGUUCUUGCCGUUAUUAGCGCCGGGAACAGUGUACGAACGUCUGGCCAAACGGCGGCCAAUGCGAAUUCCUCCCGUUCGCAUGCCAUUUUCUCGCUAACGUUACGUGCCCGUGGUUCUACUAAAACCGAUGGCAAGUUUUCUUUCAUCGAUCUGGCGGGCAAUGAGCGGGGCGCAGACACCUCGUCCGAGGACCCGCGAACUCGUUCGGAGAGUUCCGACAUUAAUAAAUCUCUGCUCGCUCUAAAAGAGUGUAUCCGGGCGCUUGGUCGUCAGAGUCACUUACCAUUCCGCGGUAGCACCCUAACGCUUGUACUGCGUGAUUCGUUUGUCGGUGAGAACACUAAAACGUGCAUGAUAGCGAUGAUCGCACCUGGGAUGACUUCCUGUGAGCAUACGUUAAAUACGCUUCGGUAUGCACACCGUGCCAAGGAACUUGUGGCACUCGAUCCGACCAACUGUCCAGAGGGUGUCGAAUUAAGCGAGAACGAUGAACAUAUGAAUGGUGGUGGUUUGACGAACCGGAAUGAUCUAGCACUAGUACGUGCGCUGAACGAACAUGAAAUGUCAGUGGAAAUGUAUAACCACCAUACGGCCAUAUCGGAAUUACAGCAAAAAGAAGAGGAGGUAGUGGAUAGUCAUCAGCGGAUACACGAGUUUCUUGAGAAAUGCUUCAAUGAAUCCAGGGAACUACUAAACCUAACUAAUACUGUAGACUAUGAUCAACAUGCUUAUGGAAAACGUGGCAAGGAACUAUUUACUUUACUAGCGGAAAAUAUGGAAAUUAUAAUGAUGAAGAAUUUAAUGUCUGAAUUCGAGGCUAAGCUGAAACAGGAGGAAAUAGUGUCAAGAGCUAACAAAUCAAACCGUCAGCAGAAAUAGUAAGCUCUUCGAUGAAAAGAUUUUUUUUUAUUUCUGUGUUUUUGUAUUACAUUUUUUAUUGUUGUGAUUUUGUAUGCUGUAUUUGCGUUGAUCGCACAUCAUUUACUUUAUAUUUCGAAAAUAAAAUACGUGGAGAACACUGAUUUUCUUAUUCGCAUUUUUAUUUUGAACUGUUAAAACCGACAGAGCCGUAUUCAGCAACUUAAACUUUUGCAUUCAAUUUGAUGCACUUUCAGAGUUCGAACUGUAUCUUACGGCUCCUUUGUAAAGCGUCGAUAAAUCGGCAGAGCGUAGUUGGAUGAUCUGCCCUGAACCGACGACACUUAUUUUCAUUUGGUCGAUCACACAAGCGGUGCUAUAUUUUUGUUAUGGCUAUUGCGAACGUUGAUGAUAAUGCGAAAGAGUUUUACUGUUUGCUUCAAUAUAAUGUUUAAUCAUAGAUGUUAUAGAAAGAGAGUAAAAUGAAGUGUUUUUUGUUUAAUUAAACAUAAUGAGUGGUACAGAUUUAAUUGGGAAAGAGAUUUAAUUGGGUCUUCGAAUGCUUCAGGAUGCAAACCAUGAUAUAUUGUAGGAAUACAAAAUACGAUUGUCCAUCGAAAUGAAUUUAUUGCUUAGAGAUGCAUUUUUGCAUACUUUGCGUAUGCUGUUUACUAUGAAACAGGUGAACAACAGCUAGUUUACUGAAUUUUAUAGCAGAAGUUAGGAGUAAAGAAUGUAUGAAAUUAUCUUGAAAGUGUUAGGAAGGUUAAUUGCAUUGCGUGUUUACAUUUGAACUGGUAUUUAUUUGCAACCAUAUAUCGUUUAUUACUAGAACUACUAGCUCUAAUUUCACCGCAGAACAUCAAACAGAACUACAAGGAGUGGUAGAUUUCAACACAAAUAGAUGGUAAGAGGAAUGAUCGAAUAUGCUCGAAAAAAAUAUAGAAGGAAAAAUUGGACGAUAUGAAACAUGGAAUAAUUAAAGUAUAGUAGAUAUGAAAAUAUUGAAAUGUAAAAAGAUAGACGAUCCGAGUGUUUUUUCAUAAUCUUUACUAUUAUAAUAUAGUAUGGCAAUAGACAGAAUAAAAUCAUAUUGCAAUUUCAUAUUGCAUCUUGCAGUUUCUUGCAUCAUCUCGGCGUCAAGGCGUCGUUAUAUGAUCAGAAGUAAUUUGCGAUUUGUAUGUAUGUAUGUAAAGGUUAAAAGACAUUGAAUCAAACAAUAAUGACCCAAUAAAAAAGGAUAAAAAACCAAUAAUUCUUGUCAUUUUGUCAAUUUAGCUAAUCAUUAUAGUUAUUAUGGUGCUAACGUACCUCAUCUUGUAUCGCAUAAAAAGGUGAUACUGCGGGGACAAACGAUGCGUAACGUAAUGUUUUUGGCAUUUCAGAUUAAUGCCAAACUGUUGCGCUUCUAUCAAAACGUUUAUGUUUUGGCCGAGGCGUAAACAGUUUGGCAUUACAAAUUAAUUUAACGCUAGUUUUUACGCCUCGUGUGGCAUCCCAGAUAAAAUUUGAGAACAAGAAACUAUUUAAAACUAAAUUAUUAACGGAAACUAUGUAAAAAUUUGAAGUUAAGUGGUUGCCGAUUACUUUUCAUGAUAGAAAAAAAAAUUAUUGAACUUAAAUUACAAAUGAAUAACUAAAUAAACAUGGCUAAAUAAACCAACAAGACGAACACAAAUUAAAGAAUAUAUUAUCAAUA